UGGAGUCAUAUGCUGUGUGGGUAUAGUGAGAGAAAGAGAGCAGGAAGGUCAGAUUGAGAAAGGAAACACUGACAUGUUAUAAAACUCACUGACUUCCUUGUGCAUGAGAUUUGUAGAACUUUAAUCUCUACUGUGACAAAUAACAGGCAGGAGGUGUUUCCUAAAGACUCUGGAGGCUGGCCGUUUGACACUUACAGAAGAUUAACACAUGAACUGACAAGCUGACAUCACAUUCAUCUUCAACUCUUUUGGCACCAAAAGCAAAUUUACGAACUGUCUCUGUCACAUCAAACUGUCUGCAUGCUGUUGCUGAAGGAAUAUUGACAUUCACUGUAUGAUUGAUACUAGCCUACUCGUAAAUUAGGCCAAAACAUUUUACCAGGAAAGGAGUUUGGGGAAAAUUGUCAGAAACAACAUGGCAAACCCAAAUGGCCUGCCGAAGGACUUCAAAACUGCUCUUCUGGUCUUAUACAUAUUCAUCUUUACCUUUGGGACUCUGAAUGUUGUACUAAUGUCCUGUAUGCUACAGUCUCAAAGACAUCUCUCUUUCACCAAAGUGUCUGUGAUCAACCUGAUAUCAGUGCACUCCUUUUUCCUUCUCACGGUGCCUUUUCGCAUUUACUAUUAUGCUUCUGAUAUAAACUGGACUAUAGGCAGUGAUCUCUGCAGAUUUGUCAGUGUUAUGAUCCAUGCCCACAUGUAUCUUGCAUUCAUCUUCUAUGCCUCCCUUCUAAUUGUGCGUUAUGUGGAGCACUCUAAUCAGCGGCACAAGCUAGAGUUUCAUCGCACCCUUCAUGCCACGAUUGCAAGCGCAACCGUCUGGUUGAUCAUAUUUGCCUCUGUGUUCCCAACUUUUUCUAACUUUGGAGACAAACACACUGAUACAACUCCGUGCUUUCAUUUCAGUAAGGCUCUCGACGAUCAUAGAGCGAAGACAUUUAACUAUGUUCUUUGUACACUAGUAAUACUGGUUUGCAGUGUGCUAGCAUUUUUCCAAGUUUAUUUUCUAAUCUACGUGAGUAAGACAUUUGGAAAGGCCACAUGUCACCGUCAAGAGUUCUGGGCACAAUUGAAAAAUUUAUUUUUCCUGUCGGUCAUGUUUUUUAGUUUUGUGCCUUAUCAAGGAUUCAGAGUAUAUUAUGUGAGUGUAUAUGGCAAUACCACAGGAAUACCAAAUACCACAGAAAUAACAAAUACCAAAGAAAUACAGAAUACUGAAGAAAUUCAUCAUAUAAAUGAAGUAUUUCUUGCUGUCACUGCUUUCAGCUGCUUUGAUAUGAUUGUUUUUGCUGGUAGAGAUGUAUGCAAACUUAUAAAUUCAAGGGGAUGGUUUAACUGUUUAUAGCAUCUAUGUUGUAUAUUGUUUUUUAUAUUGUGAAUUGGUUUCCAAAUGGUUUAAAAAAAUUUAUGCUUUUGCGCCUUAUAAGCUAAUAACAAUUUUUCUGCAUGACAGAAUGUUUGUAAAUAACCUGGAGUUUUAUUGUCUACAAUGCAUUAAAUAAUUUACAGUAUUUACAUC